GAUCCUCUCAGUGUUGUGCAAGACGUGAGGGUAGUAGGUUGUCGCUCCGCUGUCCGGUCCUCCCUUUUUACCCAAUCUCUCGUAACAGCUAACCUGCUUUGACCUUUGACCUCGCAACGGGUCACACUUACUUGGGAGGAUUAUUUAACCGGAUCUGUGGCGUUUUUGACUCCGGAACUGCUGGUUAAAGGGAGUGUCGUGACGUCACAGGAAUGCAGUUCGUUCAUUGGCCGAUUCGCAGGUAGCGGGCGCGUGUGUGGGCAGGCGCGGCGAGGCCAUGCCGGCAGCCAGGUCAAGCUUCCUGGGAGAGGCCCUCACUCACAAUGCCGCGAUCUCCGCACGUUCCCUCUCCUCCAUGUGUGUUAUUAUCAUGGAGGGCAGCAGCAGCCCCCCAUGGCCUCCCCUCUCCCCCUACUGCAGAGGUGGAGGAGGAUGGGGAGGCAGGGAAGGGGGAGGCAGGCAGUCCUCCUACCCCCCUUACCGCCAGCAGCACCUUCCCCCCUCGACAGAUGAGGAGAUGGACGAACGCUCUCCUUAUGACCGCGUGCUGUACGGGCUGCACCACGACCCUCGCUGGCUCAAGGAAGUCACGCUGGGCAGACGAGUUGGCUUCUACAGGUUCAGAGGCGAGCUAGGGCAGGGGAACUUCUCCACGGUGCGCCUUGCCGUGCAUCAGCUGACGAGAGACAAGGUGGCCAUCAAGGUGAUCGACAAGAGCAAGCUGGACCAGAAGACGCAGCGGAUGCUGGCGCGGGAGAUUGCCAACAUGGACACCCUGGCCCACCCCAACAUUAUCAGGCUGUUCGAGGUGGUGGAGUCGUUGUCUCGCAUCCACCUGGUUUUGGAGUUCGCUGGGGGCGGGGAGCUGUUCAACACCAUCACCACGGAGGGGCGCAUGACGGAGGCCCAGGCGGCGGCUGUCUUCACGCAGGUCCUGUCCGCCAUUACCUACCUGCACGGUUUGUCUAUCAUCCACCGAGAUAUCAAGGCAGAGAAUGUGUUUGUGUCAGGCCCUGGUCACGUCAAACUUGGAGAUUUUGGCUUCUCUACUCGAGUGUCUGACUUAGAACAGCAACUGAGUACUUUCUGUGGCUCCCCACCCUAUGCUGCGCCUGAGCUGUACAAGGACGAGAGUUACCUGGGCCCUGCCGUGGACACCUGGGCCUUGGGAGUCUUGCUGUUCUUCAUCCUUACCGCUGAUAUGCCCUUCAAGGCCCCUACCGUAGCGGGUCUGAAGCGGCACAUCUUGACUGGCGUUUACGAGACACCUUCCCACGUGUCUCCCGAAGCAGCGAGUCUCAUAUCUAGCCUUCUGGUGCAAGAUCCCUCCGAGCGUCCCACCACUGCCACCAUUGCUGACCACCCGUUCCUCUCAGACGCCCCUGCCCCGCCACCGCCUCUCGACCCCUAUGUUCUCGCCCCAACCUUCGACAGUACGCCUGAUGUGAAUGAGUCAGAGGCGCUACAGACGUUGUCGGAGUGGGGGAUUACAAGAAAUAACCUUCAGGAUAAUAUACCUCUUGGCGCCCGCUCCCCCGCCCUCGCUACCUACCGGAUUCUCAUUCACCGCCUCACCACGCCUGCCCCACUCCACCUCACCAGCCUCUCCGCGCCCCCCCAGGCCACGCACCAGCUCUCCUCCGACCCCUCGACCCCCAUCAAGGAGACCGCAGCAACGGCGUCCCCAAGGAGGAGGCUGAAAUUGAGGAAUGGUCAUGCCCCUGUUAGUUUGUCGCCAGGUGUGAAGUCCCGCGCGUGUGUCAUUGUGUGAGUGUGUCUGUCUGUGUGUGUGUGUGUGUGUGUGUGUGUGUGUGUGUGUGUGUGUGUGUGUGUGUGUGGUUUGUUUAAUUUUUUUCUUUUUUUCUUUCUUUUCUUCUCUUCUCUUCUCUUCUCUUCUCUUCUCUUCUCUUCUCUUCUCUUCCUUCCUUCCUUCCUUCCUUCCUUCCUUCCUUCCAAUUUAGACCAAAGAAACGUACAUAUGUGUAUUUAUUUUAACGUACAUACAUACAUACAUACAUACAUGGAUUUGGUGAUAGUGUGUGUGUGUGUGUGUGUGUGUGUGUGUGUGUGUGUGUGUGUGUGUAAUUAGUAUAAGAUUACAUAUUUAGUGAUAACCGAUGUACGUAAGUUACAUAUAAAUAGUUAAAGAAAAUGGCAUUAUUAUUAUUAUUAUUAUUAUUAUUAUUAUUAUUAUUAUUAUUAUUAUUAUCAUCAUCGAUCUGUUUUGUAAUAUAUAUAAUACACAUAAUAGUACUAGGGCUGGUGUAGUAAUAGUAGUGGUGGUAGUAGUAGUAGUAGUAGUAGUAGUAGUAGUAGUAGUAGUAGUAGUAGUAGUAGUAUAUCAACUUAUGCUCAGACAAUCUUCUUCUUCUUCUUUUAUCUUCAUCUUUCGUCCACCCUCCUCCUCCUCCUCCUCCUCCUCCUCCUCCUCCUCCUCCUCCUCCUCCUCCUCCUCCUCCUCCUCCUAGUACACUAUCCAGCCUUGUAGUUAAAUAUAGUACGUACAUUGCAACGAACUGAUAGUAGUAAUGGUAAUAAUAGUAAUAAUUGAUGAAAUAGUGUAUUUUUCUCGCGUGUGUAAAUGAAAUGAGUGAGAAAAAAUGGCUGUGAAAAUAAAAAAAAGAUGAAUAAUGAAUAAGUGACUAGAAUUUUGUUUCUUAUUAUUAUUGUUAUUAUUAUUAUUAUUAUUAUUAUUAUUAUUAUUAUUAUUAUUAUUAUUAUUAUUAUUAUUAUUAUUGAAAGAAAGUGAAGUUAGGGAAUUAAUUGAUGCUUUGUUAAUCUUAUUUUUUGUUGUUUUUCUUUUUUCUUUGGUAAAAUAUUCAGUUUCGUAGGAGUAGUAGUAGUAGUAGUAGUAGUAGUAGUAGUAGUAGUAAUGGUAACAGCAGUGGUAGGAGUACUAGUAGUAGCAGUAGUAGUAGUAGUAAUUGUGGUAGUAGUGGUGAUAGUACUAGUUGUUACUAUUGUUGCUGUUGUUGUUAUUGUUGUUGUUGUUGUUGUUGUUGUUGUUGUUGUUGUUGUGGUGGUGGUGGUGGUGGUGGUGGUGAUGGUGGUAGAAACAAUAGUAGUAGUAGUAGUAGUAACAGAGGUAGUAAUAGAAUUAGCAGAUUAUUAUUAUUACUAUUAUUAUUAUUAUUAUUAUUAUUAUUAUUAUUAUUAUUAUUAUUAUUAUCAUUAUUAUUAUUAAGGACACAACUGUCAUAAUUUUGCAGGGAGAGAAAUGACAAUAAUGAUACUGAGAGAGAGAGAGAGAGAGAGAGAGAGAGAGAGAGAGAGAGAGAGAGAGAGAGAUUGUAGAUACCUAUUCAAUCCCUAUUCAAUAAAAUCAUGUGUAGUUAUUCCCAUGUGUAUUAUUAUUAUUAUUAUUAUUAUUGUUAUUAUUAUUAUUAUGUUAUUGUUUUUGUUAUUAUCUUUAUUAUUUAUUUAUUUUAAGUAUUAUUAUUGUUGUUGGUAUGUCAGGGAAAUGUGCGCCGUUGACAAGAAGGAAUCACUUCGUCGCUCAUCAUCGUCAAGAUCAAGAUUAACUAAAAAGAAAACGAAAAUUGUAUUAGGGAGACUUAUUUUUCUUACUUAUUUUAUUUUAUUUUAUUUAUUUAUUUUAUUUAAUUUUUUAUUGUUGAACUACUGUAGCAAUAAUGAUAACAAUAGUGAUAAUAAUAAUAAGAGAAGGAAUAACAAAAAAAUAU